UCUCCAAUGGGGCUUAAGCAGGUAUGAACUGAGCAACCAAUGGGCAGCAAGUGUCGAAGUAUAUAAACCAAAGUCUGACAUCUUGAAAGGCUGGGCAACCCCUACAUUGGCUUUGGUGAACAGGAUCUGAUCCCAAGGACUGUUACCUUUUCUCCUGUGCAGAUCAUCGGAAAAGUGCAAUCAUGACUAAGAACUGCCACAAUGAUUACAAGAUGAAGUUCCCUCUGGAGGAGGAGUUCCCUGACCUCUCUCAGCACAACAACCACAUGGCCAAGGUGCUGACUAAGGACAUUUACAACAAACUCAGGAGCAAAUCCACCCCUAGCGGAUUCACCCUGGAUGACUGCAUCCAGACCGGUGUGGACAACCCUGGCCACCCCUUCAUCAUGACCGUCGGCUGUGUGGCUGGUGAUGAGGAGUCCUACGAGGUCUUCAAGGAGUUGUUCGACCCCAUCAUUUCUGACCGUCAUGGUGGCUACAAGCCCACUGACAAGCAUGCAACUGAUCUGAACUGGGAGAACCUGAAGGGUGGGGAUGACCUUGACCCCAACUACGUGCUGAGCAGCCGUGUGCGUACUGGCCGCAGCAUCAAGGGAUUCACACUGCCCCCCCACAACAGCCGUGGUGAGCGUAGGGCUGUGGAGAAGCUUUCCAUUGAGGCUCUAAACAGUCUGGAUGGUGAGUUCAAGGGCAAGUACUACCCUCUCAAGGACAUGACUGACAAGGAGCAGGAGCAGCUCAUUGCUGACCAUUUCCUCUUUGACAAGCCUGUUUCCCCACUGCUGUUGGCUGCUGGUAUGGCCCGUGACUGGCCUGACGCAAGAGGCAUCUGGCACAACGUCAACAAGACUUUCCUUGUCUGGGUGAACGAGGAGGAUCACCUGCGUGUCAUCUCCAUGCAGAAGGGCGGAAACAUGAAGGAGGUCUUCAAGAGGUUCUGUGUUGGCCUGCAGAAGAUUGAGGAUGUCUUCAAGAAGCACAACCACGGUUUCAUGUGGAAUGAGCAUCUCGGUUUCGUUCUUACCUGCCCCUCUAACUUGGGUACCGGCCUGCGUGGUGGUGUACACGUUAAGCUGCCCAAACUUAGCACACACGCGAAAUUCGAGGAGAUCCUGACCAGACUGCGUCUACAGAAGCGUGGCACAGGUGGUGUUGACACUGCCUCCGUCGGUGGUGUGUUUGACAUCUCCAACGCUGAUCGUCUGGGCUCCUCCGAGGUGCAGCAGGUGCAACUGGUGGUUGAUGGUGUGAAGCUCAUGGUUGAAAUGGAAAAGAAACUGGAGAAGGGCGAGUCCAUCGAUGAACUGAUCCCUGCCCAGAAGUAAAUUGGCAAAUGUGCUUCUUUUUUUGUAUUUUUCUUCUUUCAUACAAUCAUGCCAUCUGUCAAGCACACUUGCUUGACUUUUCCAAGAGACACUCCACCCUGCUCCCUUUUUCCUACUUUUUCCUCCUUCCUUUCUUUACUGUCAUCUUCUUUUUCCUGUCCUUUUACUUCUCAACUUCAUGUUCCUUCUGUAACAUCCUGGGAUCAAAUGUCCACAUGGCUGGAAUAUCUGGCUGUGUUGUAUUCACCUAAACCUUUUUUUUUUUUUGGUUGUACAAAGUUAAUAAACAGCCCCAAGUAACAAUCA